GUCGUCACCUCAGUGUUUCUCAUGUUGAUGUUCGAGUCCUCGGUUUAUCCGCUCGUUGUUGAUCCGUAAGUUUUGUUCAAAGGAAAAAACGUCUUAGCUGAAUCGUUUUGAGGAAAUAACCUUUAACAUUAACAGCUCGGAUCCCUCUGGAUGUUGAGUGCUCGGGCUCUGUUUGGGAUCGGGGUCCUGGUGACGUCCAGAGCCGCCUCAGUCCUCGCUCAGACGGGGACAUGUCCUCUGCCCGCUGCAGCUAACAACCACCAGAGCAACUGUUUCAGAAGCAGAGCAGCGUCCACCAUGGCCAAGACCAUCAAAUAUCUCGGGCAGGAGGAGGCCCAGCACAUUGACGAGGAGCUCUUCAGUGAAUACGGCUUCAGUGUGGACCAGCUGAUGGAGCUGGCUGGACUCAGCUGUGCCACAGCCAUCACACGGGCGUAUCCGAUCACGUCCCUCGUCAAGGCCAGACCUUCCCUGCUGGUGGUUUGUGGACCAGGUAACAACGGGGGCGACGGCCUGGUCUGUGCCCGACACCUCAAGCUCUUUGGUUACGAGCCGACCAUCUUGUAUCCGAAGAGGCCCAACAAGCCGCUGUUCCAGGGCCUGACCACCCAGUGCCAGAAGAUGGAGAUCCCUUUCCUCACUGAGAUGCCUGAGGCCAAAUUGAUUGAUGAGGCUUACAAUCUGGUGAUCGACGCCAUCUUCGGCUUCAGCUUCAAGGGAACCGUGCGAGAACCUUUCGGUUUCAUCCUGGACGUGCUGGAGAAAACCACAGUCCCCAUCGCCAGCAUCGACAUCCCCUCAGGCUGGGAUGUGGAGCAGGGCAGAGCAGACGGACUCCAGCCCGACAUGCUCAUCUCUCUCACCGCGCCGAAGAAGUCUGCCUCCUUGUUCAGGGGACGGUACCACUUCCUCGGGGGUCGCUUUGUGCCACCGGGCCUGGAGAGGAAGUACCAGCUCAACCUGCCUCAGUAUCCCGGCACCGACUGCGUCUUACAGCUGUAGGAGAUUUACGUUUUAAAUCAGACAGGACCGUUGUUUCUCCAGGAAGGAAUAGGGUCGACACUAAUCAUCUUUCUUUCUCAAAGUUAGAGGAGCUUAUAAAUACCUCUCAUCUUUGUACCUUGAUGGUGUUUGAGCCGGAGGGAAACUGGUUUGUGAUGUCGUCCAUCUUGAAAUCCUGUCUCUGCUUUUCUGUCUUUAUAAACUGAACCUGAGAUCUGAAGUUACCUCUCAUCUGACCGUCGGACUGAAAACAAAUGAGCGUAUUUCUCUAAAUGUUGAACUAUUCCUUUAAAUCUGUGAAUGAAACUGGUUCUGAUUGGAUGAGUGGUUGUGGGAAAGUGUUUAAAACCAUGAGAAACCUGAACAGACUGGAGUAAUAUAAAGAACAUGAAACAAA